GAAAACCAGCCCAUAUUGUGAUCACCUCGCUCGCUUCCUCGUCUGACCGCAAGCCCCAAUCACGCCCGCCUCGAUCUUUUUUUCCAAGAUGUUUGCUCGAUCUGCACUCCGCGCCAAAACGGCCACCUCCCUCGUCGCCCGCCGCGGCUUCCAUGCUACCCGUCCUCAGUUCGGCAGUCCGUUCCACUACCCUGAGGGUCCGCGCAGCAGCAUUCCAUUCAAUCCUCUCACAAAGCACUUCUUCUGGAGAUACUGGGGCUUUAUGGGCGUCGGCUUCUUCAUGCCCUUCGGAAUUGCUGUCUGGCAAACAAUGAAGUCCCAAUAAACGACCCCUUGUUCCAUCUAUCCUUUGACGUUACUGAGAGGUGGUUGCAGGAUUGGAAUCAACGCCACUUCGGGGCCGUAGGAAGCAUGUACAAAAUUUAGAAUAUGAAAAAAUUUUUAUGCAAUAUCCUGUACUUCUACACAAUCUUGAUCAAAUACAUGAUGUAUCUGUCA